CCACUUUAGAUGACUGUAUCUGCAGGGCUUUAGCUGAACUGACAGCACUAAUAACUCACAUUCCAGCCUGCAGGGCUGAUGGUAUCGUACAGGACAGGUGAGAUUGAUAUCUAGAGGAAAUUGAGCCAUUGAAAGCCCAGCAGCAGUGGAUGAGUUAUGGGGAGGCGAGAGACAGAAGGCUUCAGGCUGUGGAGUGAAGAUCUGUAGAAGCCUCAGAGAGCAACGUUCUGUCGUCCGUCUGUUGGUUUUGUGUUUUGAUCAGAGUGUUUCUGUAUUUUGAGGAGCGUUUGGUCUCAGCAGUGCUGUGUGGAUCUGAUACGAGUCCUGAAGUCUGAUAAACCCUGAGAGAACCGGCGACUGGAGCGUAACAGGAUGGACUGAGGAGAUCAGAUGGUCAGUGUGAAGGCAGGAGGGUGAGGAGCUCCUCCUGUGCUGCAGAGACACUCAGGUGCAGCGAGCAGAGUGAGGAUGUAUCCCUGUGGGGGGAGCGUGGGGUGGACCUGUGUGAUCGUCCUGCUGGAGCUCAGUCUGCAGAGUGAAGCAGCGAGUGCUUUGGAUGCCAUCCUGCUGAGGAGUUCUGGGAAGGUGGAGGGAGUUCAGGACACAGGAAGUGAUGCGGCAGUCCUACCUGAGCGUGUCCUGUGGUGCUACUGCUACCACCUCUGCCCAGAGUCCACCAACAACACCUGCAGGACGGAUGGUUACUGCUUCACCAUGGUGGAGGAGGAGGGGGAUACAGCAGUUCUCACGUCAGGCUGUUUGGGUCUGCUGGGGUCUGAAUUCCAGUGCAGGGACACAGGGAACUCCCGCCAGAGGAGGGCACUGGAGUGCUGCACAGAUCAGGACUACUGCAACAAAGACCUGCACCCUGUACUGCCCCCUCUGAGGACCCCCAGUUAUGUAGGUGGAGAUAUUCAUCACAUCGCUCUCCUGAUCUCAGUCACUGUCUGUACCUUCAUCUUCACCUUCAUCAUCCUGUUCUGCUACUUUAGGUAUAAGCGCCAGGUAUCGGCCACUCAGUACAGUCUGAGUCUGGAGAAGGACGAGAGCUUCAUUCCAGCAGGAGAGUCUCUCAGAGACCUGAUAGAGCAAUCACACAGCUCAGGAUCAGGAUCAGGACUCCCCCUGCUGGUUCAACGCACCAUAGCGAAGCAGAUCCAGCUGGUGCGGCAGGUGGGGAAGGGUCGCUAUGGUGAGGUGUGGCUGGGCCGCUGGAGAGGAGAGAGAGUGGCCGUUAAGGUGUUCUUCACCACAGAGGAGGCCAGCUGGUUCAGAGAGACUGAGAUCUACCAGACUGUACUGAUGAGACACGACAACAUACUGGGGUUCAUAGCAGCGGACAUUAAAGGCACUGGCUCAUGGACGCAGCUGUAUCUGAUUACGGAUUACCAUGAGAAUGGCUCUCUGUACGACUACCUGAAGUCCACCACUCUGGACACUUCGGCCGGACUCCGUCUGGCCCACUCAGCUGCCGCUGGACUGUGCCACCUGCACACUGAGAUUUUCGGCACUCAGGGCAAACCGGCCAUCGCCCACCGCGACCUCAAGAGCAAGAACAUCCUGGUAAAGCAGAACGGAAUGUGCUGCAUCGCUGACCUCGGCCUGGCCGUACGGUUCCUCAGUGACAGGAAUGAGGUGGACGUUCCUUUAAACACCCGUGUGGGCACUAAGCGCUUCAUGGCUCCAGAGGUCCUGGAGGAGACUCUGAACCGGAAUCACUUCCAGUCCUACAUGAUGGCUGAUAUGUACAGCUUCGGCCUCAUCCUCUGGGAGAUUGCCCGACGCUGUGUGUCUGGAGGCAUGGUGGAGGAGUACCAGCUGCCGUACCAUGAAUACGUUCCUACAGAUCCGUCAUACGAGGACAUGAGGGAAGUCGUCUGCAUCAAGAGAAUACGGCCCCCGUUCCCCAACCGCUGGAGCAGCGAUGAGUGUUUACGGCAGAUGGGGAAGCUGAUGAGUGAGUGUUGGGCCCACAGUCCGGCCUCCCGGCUCACCGCGCUGAGGGUGAAGAAGACGCUGGCUAAGAUGUCCGAGUCUCAGGAUAUUAAACUCUGA